AUGGGCGAUAAACGGAAACGCAGCGAAGCUGUGGAGGAUGCUGUCGAAGUUGCUGAUGUCAAAAAACUGAAGAAAAGUGCCGGCGAUAAAACGAAGAAAGAAAGCAAGAAGGAGAAAAAACUCUCGAGGGAUGAAGCCGCUGAACAAAAUGGGAUCACGGACGCGGAGCUGAAAUCAGAUAAGAAGUCGGAAAAGAAAACGAAAGACAAGAAAGACAAGAAAGAGAAGAAGGAUAAAAAGAAAGAGAAACAAGAAAGGAAAGUCGUAGAGGACGGGACCACGCACAACGGGGUUGAGGCUACUACGAACGGGGAAGCAGAAAAUAAAGAGGAAAAGAAGGAGAAGAAAGAUAAAAAGAAGCAAGAAAGAAAGGAGAAGAAGGAGAAAAAAGAGAAGAAACGAGCCAAAGCCAACGGAUGUGAAGAGGUGAAGCCAGAAGAACCGAAUCCCACCGAAGCAACUUCAAAUGGCCAGGACGAGCAACCUCAAGGAGAAGACGCGCAGCACGAGGGCGAUGACCAUAUCCAUCCCGACCAGAAGCAAGCCCGAUUCGUUGUUUUCAUCAGUAAUCUCCCCUACAGCGCCAACCACGAGACCGUCUCCAAGCAUUUCGCAAAACUCCAACCCAUUCACAUACGUGUUCCCACAGAACGAGACGGCAAGAAAGCCAGGGGUUUCGCAUUCGUAGAGUUCGGCAAUUAUGAUCGCAUGAAGACAUGUUUGAAGUUGUACCAUCAUACUAUGUUCGACGACGGGAAAUCGCCUGCAAGAAAGAUUGGUAUUGAGUUAACCGCUGGCGGUGGGGGCUCCAAGUCGGAAACUCGUAAAGCAAGAAUCGAGGAGAAGAACAAGAAACUUAACGAAGAGCGAGCGCGUGCGGUGAAGGAGGCUGCAAAGCGUAAGAGGGUUGAAGAGAAAAAGAAAGAGGCUGGCCAGCAAAAUGAUGAGACGGGCAAUGACGGCGCUGAGGAAGCCCCUUAUGGUGAUUUACACCCCAGCCGAAGAUUUUGGUUCCAAUAG